AUGCAACUGAACCAGAACCUGCAACAGCACACACAGCCCGGCCCAAACCAACAAGGACAGCCGGGACAUCCUGGUGUUCAAACCCAAGAACAGAGAAGUGCACCAGCAAUCCCUCAGGGCGUUAUGAACCGUUCUUCAACUUCAUCUGCUUAUCGGCCAUUGAAUGUUAAGGAUGCGUUAUCAUACUUGGAUCAGGUGAAAAUCCAAUUUUUCAACCAAGCAGACGUGUAUAACAACUUCUUGGACAUCAUGAAGGAUUUCAAGUCUCAGAGUAUCGACACACCGGGAGUCAUCGAUCGCGUAUCUACAUUGUUUCGCGGCCAUCCAAAUUUAAUCCAGGGCUUCAAUACCUUCUUGCCUCCUGGCUACAGGAUCGAAUGCUCAAUGGACCCCACAAACCCAAACCCAAUUCGCGUUACCACUCCAACGGGCACAUCAACACGGCCUAAUAUAGGGGGAAACUCCACUAAUCCUUAUACGCAAUGGUCUGAGCAACCGCAACCUCAUCAGUACCCACAGGAACAGACGCAACAUGGACCUGGUGGACAGAUCGAAUUCAAUCAUGCUAUAUCUUACGUCAACAAAAUCAAAACUAGAUUUGCCAACCAGCCCGAUAUCUACAAGCAGUUUUUGGAAAUUUUACAGACGUAUCAACGCGAACAGAAACCUAUUGGAGAAGUGUAUGAACAAGUGACACAACUUUUUGCAAACUCGCCAGAUCUUCUUAAUGACUUCAAGCAAUUUUUGCCUGACAGUGGUAAUCAACCUCUCUUACAACAAAACACUCAUGAGGAGUUAAUGAAUGCCCAUGGAGCACCGGCUCAUGUUCAUCCUUCGGAAAAGCAAGUAUACUAUGGUGGAAACGGUGUUUCACAGUUACCCCCCUUAGGAAAUUUCCAACCAAAUAUGAAUGCUCCAGUUCCAAACCCUGAGCAUCAUUACCCCAAUACGUACCAAAUGCCUGGUGCCCAGGAGGUUGGCAUGGGAGGUCAAGUUAUGUCUGAUGGUCUAGCUAAAAAGCCUGAACAUUUUGCAUACGAGAACAAUUACAACGAAGAAGCUCUGUAUUCUAGUAUUCGAGGUGCUCCACAAGCUAACAUGGUACAAAAGCAAAGCUCUGGUACCCCUGGGUACUCUGCCCCAGUGGCUAAAUCUUCCACCAAGGCAAAUCCUACUUUAGUUCCAGGUAUUCCUGAGCCUGUUCCUCCGUCUGCCGUGGGCCCAACAUCUUCUUUGCUGGAAGAAUUAGGUUUCUUUGAUCGAGUCAAAAAGGCUGUUGGGAAUAAACAAACUUACAACGAGUUUUUGAAGGUUUUGAAUUUGUACUCUCAAGACAUCAUUGACAAAGAAACUUUGGUUGAAAGAGUGGACUCAUUUCUUGGCGAUAACUACCCGGAUUUGCUUAACUGGUUCAAGCAAUUUGUCGGGUAUAAGGAAAAAUCUCUACACAUCGAGGACAUUAGCUUCAAGAAGCACCAGUUAGAACUCUCCUUGUGUAAAGCAUAUGGUCCAUCGUACAGACAAUUACCAAAAGUUGAGACAUAUAUGCCGUGCUCUGGUAGAGAUGAAAUGUGUUGGGAAGUGUUGAAUGAUGAAUGGGUUGGCCACCCCACAUGGGCGUCUGAAGAUUCUGGUUUCAUUUCGCACAGAAAGAAUCAGUAUGAGGAAAUAUUGUUCAAGAUCGAGGAAGAAAGGUUGGAAUUUGAUUAUCAUAUGGAAGCAAAUUUAAGGACCAUCCAGACUUUGGAGACGAUUGCAAACCGUAUUGCGAACAUGACACCAGAACAGAAAGCAAGCUUUAAGCUUCCUCCAGGGUUGGGCCACACUUCUCAAACGAUAUACAAGAAGGUGAUCCGUAAAAUCUAUGACAAGGAUAGGGGAUUUGAAGUCAUUGAUGCUUUACACGAAAAUCCUGCUGUUGCUGUCCCAGUUGUGUUGAAAAGGUUGAAACAAAAAGAUGAGGAAUGGAAGAGAGCUCAAAGAGAAUGGAACAAAGUCUGGAGAGAAAUGGAACAAAAAGUGUUUUAUAAAUCUCUAGACCAUUUGGGAUUGACAUUUAAGCAAGCUGAUAAAAAAUUGUUGACAGCCAAACAGUUGGUAAGUGAGAUCAGUACUGUGAAAGUGGAACAACAGAACAAGAGAGUACAUCCUUUGACUCCAAAACCUCAAGAACAAUUGAACUACAAGUUUACUGAUUAUGAUGUUGUCUUCGAUAUAAUUCGGCUCUCAGAAUUUUAUAUCUUCCAUUCUUCCAAUUAUUCAGCCAACGACAGGGAAAAAUUAGGUUCAUUUUUCAAGCACUUUAUUAGUGUUUUUUUUAACAUCUCAAGUGAUGUUAUUGAGCUGGCUCUUUCUAAAAGAGAGAAGGAAAGGACCAAUAAAAAUAGUGACGCUCCACGUCCUGAGUCUUCUCACAACGUUGAUAUCAAUGGUAAGAGUGAUUCAACUGAAUCUAAGAAACGUCAUCGUGAUCCUGAUUUAUUGCGUGAUGUAUUGAAAAAACAAUCCAAAUCCAGGAAGGAAGAUCACGACGAUUCUCCUGCUAAUGAGUCGGAUGAGCAAGAGGAAGCUGAAGAAGCUGAGAAGCUUGGUGAGCUUUGGAUCCGUACCACGUCAUCUAAUUAUUCUUUAGGUGAAACUAGGAAUGAAUCCAGGAGGGAUAAAUUCAAUUUUUUCUGCAACACAACCAUUUACGUCUUUUUCCGUCAUUUAAGAACGCUUUAUGAAAGACUUGAAGAGGUAAAGGCAAUGAACGAAGCAGUUGCAAAAGAGAUUCGUUCUAGAAAGGUUCCUCAAUUUGCAAAAGACUUGAAUUUGAUUUCCCAUCAGCUCGAAGACAUGGGUGUACUGAUCGAUGGAAACAGCGAUUGUUACAAGCAAGUUUUAUCUUUGGCAGAACGACUUUUGGAUGGUGAAAUUGAGCAUCAAUGGUUUGAAGAAAGUUUACGGCAAGGGUACAGAAAUAAGGCAUACAAGUGCUACACUAUUGAUAAGGUUGUCCUUUCUUUGGUGAAGCACAUGCAUACGAUGGUUACCGAUUCUAAAACCUCUGAAAUGGUCGUUUUGUUUGAGAAAGAUAGGAAUACUCUUGUUUCUAGCGCCAGGGACCAAAUCUUGUAUCGUAUGCAAGUUAGAUCAUUGAUGAGUAAUGAUGAAAACAUGUUCAAAAUUGCGUUUUCUGAGUCCGAAAAUUCUGUGAACAUACAAUUUGUCAGUCUAGAUGAUUUGACAAUCAAUGAUCAUGCUAAUGCCACAGAAAGGUACAACUACUAUGUUACAUCUUAUGUCAUGUACCAUCCUACGGAAGGAGUCCCUGCUUCCAAGAUCAACAUGCCAUUCCAUAAGUCUUUCAUCGAAGCGGUGGACGAGGACCAAUGUGAAGGAAAAGUUUUCUCUGGUUUGAAGGUAUCUGUUUGUGAAAAUUCAUUCCGUUUGUUCUUUGAGCCUGGAACUAGUGAUGAGUUUACAUCUACUCUUGUCUAUACUAAGCAGAAAGACAAAGGAAAGACUAAAAGUGACAAACUUGCUGCCUUGCAGAAUCUUAUCAAUGAUAAAGAAGUGGGAUGGGCGUCAUCAUUAAGCGAAGAGGCAACGGAGAAACUUGAUCAAAAGUUUCAAACUCUCUUAACAAAAGGUGCAAAUGAAUAUCUAGCGGUAACAUCUACUGAAGCGGCAGAUGUGCCUAAAUCUAGCGAAGCAACUGAAGGUUCAUUAGUCACAAAUGGUCAGGAACCUGAAGACAAACGUGAUGUUGACAUGGCCAUCGAUACCAAACCGACUGAAAUUAAAUCCACGAAUCCAGAUGUCACCAUUGAUGCUGAUUCAACUGUUGUUCAAGAGAAUAAUGACACGACAAUUCAGCAAGAUGCCAAUGACACCACUAUGGAAGAUGCUUCCAAUUAA